AGCAAUAAAAUUCUGAGCCCCGUCAUCGGCACUGAACUCUCUAAGCUAGCUGGCCACAGCGCUACGCAGACUGCAAGAACCGCCAAAAACGACGACGUAGAAGUUCACGAUGCAGUGGUACUUCGUUGCGGCGCUCCUCACCGUUCUCACAAGCUCUCAGGGGAUUUUGACAACUCUGUCUCAAAGUAAUGGACGGUAUUUGUACGACUAUGCAACUGUUCCUUUUCUUGCAGAGGUUUUUAAGCUAGUGGUUUCUAGUAUACUUCUAUGGCGAGAGUGCCGGGUAUCGUCGUCUCCAAGGAUGACCACGGAGUGGAAAACCGUGCGCUUAUAUCCCAUUCCUUCGAUGAUAUAUCUAAUUCAUAACAAUGUUCAGUUUGCUACACUAACUUAUGUGGAUACAUCGACGUAUCAGAUUAUGGGUAAUCUGAAGAUUGUAACCACUGGCAUAUUGUUCAGGCUAUUCCUGAGGAGGAAGCUGUCUAAUCUACAAUGGAUGGCUAUUAUUCUAUUAGCUGUUGGAACAACCACAAGCCAGAUAAAAGGUUGUGGAGAAGCUUUGUGCGACUCUUUAUUCUCAGCACCAAUCCAAGGCUAUAUGUUGGGAAUCCUAUCUGCUUGUUUAUCAGCAUUGGCAGGGGUUUACACGGAGUUUUUAAUGAAGAAGAACAAUGAUAGCUUGUAUUGGCAGAAUGUACAAUUAUAUACGUUCGGUGCAAUUUUCAAUUUGGCACGGCUUCUUGUGGAUGAUUUUAGAGGUGGAUUUGAGAACGGUCCUUGGUGGCACCGGAUUUUCAAUGGUUAUAGUAUUACAACUUGGAUGGUAGUGUUAAACCUUGGAUCCACAGGCUUGCUAGUUUCAUGGUUAAUGAAGUAUGCUGACAAUAUUGUGAAGGUGUAUUCCACAUCAAUGGCUAUGCUGCUUACAAUGGUUUUAUCCGUAUACCUUUUCAAUUUCAAGCCUGCGCUGCAGCUUUUCUUGGGUAUUAUUAUCUGUAUGAUGUCAUUACACAUGUAUUUUGCCCCUCCAAACAUGCUGUUGGAUUUGCCAUCAACCACUAAAGCAGCUCCUGAGAGUCUAAAAGAAAUUUAUGUUGAACGAUGAACAGAUUCCUGAUGUUCUCUUUUCAUGGAAACCAAUGCUUUUGUCAGAUCCCGAGUGAAAGUUGCUCCUAACUUGAUGAAAUGCUGUAACUGGAAUAUAGUUGAGAGGGGAUACCUCCUGUUGUCCAUGAAGAAGCAUCUGCAACUGGAAACCAUCCUGUAGACAUCUGAGUUCCUGGCCUGCAAUUGCCGUCAAAGAGAACAAUUCCCUCACUGACAAUUACUGUCCCAAAGUUGUGAGAGAACAAAUUUGUUCCAUUAUUACAUGAAUAGACUGAUGUAGAUUCGUCUCUUAAAUUCUUUUCCCAAUGUGUACUGAAUAUAGUAGUUCAAAAUCAUAUUCCUCCUCUGUUUUUUUCA